AUAAGUGGGCGAGACACAAAAUAGCUUUUGCCUUGUUUAUAUGAUACUAUUUUUAUGAAUAAUCUCUAAUGGCCUCUCUCCUAUAAUUUUCAUGAAAAGGAAAUUGUAGUGUUCCAUCAGGGUUCUUUGAUGGAUUAAUGACCCAGCCCUCAGUAUCAGGAGAUAUUUCCAUCAUGGAUGCUAGCUUCCCAGCAGAACCAGUAAUAGAUGAGAUGGAAUCUAUUCCUACAAGCCAAAUUGAUCCCAAUCCUGCUGUUGCAAGUCUGCGUGCACAAGCAGCUGCUCAGAACCACUUUGAUCUUCGAGGCUCGACAAGAUCAGCACAAACAUCUUCCAGCACCAAUGAUGAUGACCAGCUCCUAGAACAAUUCCAGAAUAUGCAUGAUGACCUGUGCACCAAGAUGAAACAGUCACCAGACCUCUAUAGACCCGCCAUAAGGGCCAUGCUGGCCAGCUACAGAGGUAUCAAGACUGAUACGCAUCUGGUAUCAGCACUGCAUACCUUUGGGAAGUAUUCUGGGGCUGCCAUGACAGUUAGGAAACGAGGUCUGGCAGCAAAAAAUGCUGCAGUAAGACAUUUGAACCUGAAAGGUUCCAAAAAGAUCGGUGUCCAACCCACAUCAACUGCUCGAAGGUGCCACAUGGGACGUGGAGCAAGUCGACUACAUGCAGGACGGCCACCCAAGUCGUUGCGCAUCCAGGAGCAUGGCUAUUCCCGACUGUCUUCAUCCCAGUCAUCAGCUGUCGUGCCGCUAAUGAGGAGGAGAAGAGCACCUGCUCCUCACAGUUUGAGCCAUGUUGUGUCGCUUAACCAAGCACUGGGGAAGACGCACAGUGCUAAAUAGGUGGUUAACUCUACUAAUGUUAGUGACAGGGUAUAAAAGGGUAAUGUUUCAAAUACCAGCUUUGCAUUUUCCAGUUUUGCAUCUUAUUGAAAAGAGAUUGACUUAUCAAUUUGACAUCAUUCUUAUGAAAAUUAAGUGCCAGCCAAAAACAUUUUUUUGUAUUGGGUGUUCCGAAAUUCAGCUUUGCAUCUUCAAAGCUCAUAGUUUUAAUAUACUGAAGAAACCAAAUAUGAUUUUAAUGCAUGUUUUCAGUAUUGGAAAGGCUAAUAAACUUACCUAGACUGUCAUCAUCACUCAGUCUACCUGGUCCAUCCAUCUGAACAAUAUAUAUGCAACAGACAUCAAAGAUGAGGAAUUUUUUAUAUAUGGCCUCUGCAAUGUUUAGUUUGUUUACCAAUGUCUUUAUAGAUUUGUUCAGAAACCCUAACCCAAUUCAAUAAAUAUUUUAAAUGAUUUAUAUAAAAUCAAAUAAAAGAUAUUUAGAGCAUACCAUUACUGCUCGAUGACUAUCUAUUACUAUAAUUUUAGGGGAAAAUAGUUUUUGAAAUGUUUUCAAAUUUACCAAAAACUAUCUUGUUGCUUUUAAUACCUGAAACUUUAUCACAUAUUUGUCAUAUAUGUUUUGUACAUACUGUUGUGUUGGGGUUGGAUCGAUUGCACUUUAACUUUCAACCAGACUUAAAAUGAAGGAGUCAAUACAAAGCCUGUACAGUUCAUAUAUACAUUUAUUGAAGAUGAUAACUAAGGUGAUGAUGAUGACAAAUAAUACAGGAACAUGAGUAAGUCUGAUGGUGACUAUACUCUGCAGUAUAAAAUAUAAACUCUUCUGUAGCUGUCUGUAUGCUGGAACAAUCUGUAAAGUAAUCUGUAACAAGCUAACAAUCAAUCUGCAUUCUCUGAAGUAAUCUGAUUUGGGUUCAGAAGUAAACCCCUUUUAUAUUGGUCUGGUCUAGACUCUUUACGAUCAAACAGGUGUUGGUCAACCUUGGACGCUUGACCAAAACAAUCUGUACGUCAUAACUUUACUCUGAAUUGGGGGAGUUGACCUUAUAGGGAGAACAUGAAAUGU